AUGAGUGACAACGACGAGCACUGCAUAGUUUAUAACGAUGCUGCCCUGGAGCGACUACUAGAUCGUAGUCAACAGGGCAUGCAGGAAAAGGAAAUGGAGAUGAAUGACUAUCUGAGCUCCUUCAAGGUUGCCCACUACGAAAAACGAGAGAUCCAAGAUGAGGAAGAGGAGGACGUGGACGAUGAGGAUCAGGAAGACCGAGAGGUUUGUCAAUGCGCCUAG